AUGCUGAUUGGCAACUUGAGCAGGAUUCGCCCCGUAAGGCAUUUCUUUACUAUUAGACCCGCUUUGUCAAAGGAAGUUUCACGACGAGUUAUUGUUGCACCUGCAUCGCACUUCAAGACCUCCACUCAAAAUACAAAAAGCAACAUUCCCAUCAAUGAGUACAAACAAUUACCAGAGGAUUCAAAUUAUAUUGAGAAGCAUUACAAGGAAUUACAAGUAUUUUUGAAUGAGUUUUUAGUAAAGAAACUUAACAAAACAUAUGCCGAUUUCGAAGGUGAUCCGGAUGAAUUAGUGUUUCAGUUAGAGAAGUUUAUUGAAUUAGAAGUUACUCCGAAAUACAUAGACUUUUCUGCAUCAGAUCAUCAUAAAGGGAAAUUCAAAUCCAUUAGAGAUAGGAUAGUCGUUGACCGUUAUUUAGAUUUUGUAAAGGAUGUCAGACUAACACUACUGCUAAAUGGGGGUCAUUCAUUCAUAUUUGAUGUUAUGUUGCAAGCCAAGGAAGUCUUUGAUAAAAUGCAGAAAGAAUAG